CAAGUCCACACCGCUUCAAACGCUUUGGAAUUGCUUGGUUAUUUAUACUAUCUCAGUUUUGCUCUCGCUAAUUUAUACACCACCCUCAUCUGUGUUUUUGCAGUCAUGCCUCUCAACGUAGACAAGGAACUUCCUUCGUUGCCAAGAGGAUUGAGCACACCUACUGGCGCAAGGUCGACGCCCUUGGCACCUCCGUCCACUGGUGGCCGGGUUAAUAUGGAACCCCCCCACCCAACACUUGUGCUCGAAAAGUUUCCAUCAUCCGCAGAGCUUGCACUUAUUAGUUCCUGGCAUGAUGCCACCGAAGCGCGGCAAGUUCGCUUUCAGCGCAAGCCGGCACCUAAUGAUUACCGGCGUUCGUUCCCCCCGCCAAUGUCUGAAGCAGAGGUUCUUGCUCUAAGCACCUCACGUGCAAACGACAACGCUACACCUCAGAAACGACGGGGAUUAUUCACCAGGGAACAGUCAGCAGAUGCUCAGAAUUUGGAAGAGAAAGAGCCGAAAAUAUCGAGGCCCACCCGCUUCCAGAAAUUCUCGGACGCAAGCAAAGCAAUAGGAUCAAUGCCCAACCUCAACUCGGCUGCCAACCCUGGCGCACAAAAGAUUUCGCGUUCGGUGCGUUUCGCUCCAUGCGAGGCCGUUGCUUCCACUUCCGCGCCUCCGCACUCCACCGAUGCUCCUGUUGAUGAGCUCGAUGAGGCUUCGCAAGCACUAGGGAUUGACGUGAACGAUGGGGGUAUUUAUCUCACUUUCGAUCCCGACUGUAGAUCCUCCCGCGGCGAAGCCGUCCUUACUUUCUUGUCGCCAAUUCCUGACGGGACAUCAAACUCGCCCCCUAGGGCCAGGAUGCAACCUGUCGAUGAGCUGCAGUCUUUCCUCGGCGUUGAAAAUUGAGCUGUUGUGACUCUGGUUCCCCGCCUCUCCUUCGUUCCAUAUCACUGUUCACUUUGUUCAACUCAUCACACGGAUCUCUCAUGGCCAUUCUACGCUAGCUUCACGAUAUGACCCCUUCAUUUUAUAUCCUUGGCAUUAUGUUUAACUCAUCUGACAACUAUAACUAGCCUUUCGUUCCCAUUGAUCACUUUAUGUAGCCGACUAACCAAUUCUGUGUAUCGCUAAGAAUACUAUAUCAUGCUUGUCCUCGUGUCAACUUUCAAUUUGCU